ACCCUGACAGCUGCAGAUAAAGUUUUUGGAUGUGAAAUUUGUGAUAAAAUAUUUUCAGAUAGAUCUACUGUAGGAAAACAUUUAUUUACUCAUUCAAAAGAAAAACCAUAUGUUUGUACAAAAUGCCCCGAGAGAUUUUCACAGGCAGUUAACUUAAAGCACCAUUUAUUAAUUCAUACCAUUAAAAAAACUUAUGUUUGUGAAAUAUGUAGCAAAGCUUUCUCACAAAUAGCUACUUUAAGAUCUCAUAUGAUCUCACAUUCAGAUGAAAAGCCCUAUGCAUGUAAAGUCUGUGGUAAAACAUUUUCCAGAAAAAAUGUGUUAAGGCCUCAUGAACUUUCACAUGUAAAAGAAAAGCCUUUUGCAUGCAAUUUAUGCAAUAAAACUUUUGUUCAGAAAGGUAUUUUAAAUAAGCAUUUGAGGUCACAUGAGAAACUAUAUGAGUGUGAAAUAUGUGACAAAAGAUUUUGUUUCAGAAACAGAUUAAAAAGACAUUUACGUACUCAUGCAUGUAAAGUAUGUGGUAAAAUACCUUCUGAUAAAAAUACAUUCAAAGAGCAUUUAAUUUCACAUCCUUUAGAGAUAUCUAGUGUUUGUAAUGAAGUACCUUCUGGGGAUUCUAUCUUAGAAGAAGGUUUGCUUAUAGAUAAAAAACCUCACAUGGAUCCUUCCGUAGAAGAAGGUUUGCUUAUAGAUAAAAAACCUCACAUGGAUUCUUCCUUAGAAGAAGGUUUGCUUAUAGAUAGAAAACCUCACAUUGAUUCUUCCUUAGAAGAAUGUUCGCUUAUAGAUAAAAAACCUCACAUGUGAAAUCUGUGGGAAGAUAUUUUAUCUCAAAGGCAACUUUAAAAAGCAUAUGUGCAUACAUGCAAAAGAAAAACCUUUUAUAUGUUCUGUUUGUACAAAACUUUUUUCUCAGGAAACCAGUUUAAAAACACAUUUGUUGAUACAU